AAUUAAAAAGUGCAUUUUUUUUUAUUAUUAGAAUAGGUAGCCAUUAUGUUUAAUAACACUUUAAUGAUUGCACUAUAAGCCAAUGACCCGAAAAUUACAACACAUAUGUUAUCCAAAUUACCAGAAAAACUUAUUGGAAAGCAUCCAGAGAUCCCAAUAAAUAUUAAUAAAAUAAAAGUUGCUAUAAAAACAUUUUUAAGUGUUUUUACACUUGUGUCAAACAUAAAAAAAUAAAUUACUGGCACCACUAUUAAUUAUCAGCUGUUAAGUUAACAGCUAAUAAAAACAAGUGUUUUGUUAUCAUCAAGUUGUUUCCUCCAAAAAAAAACUAAUGUUUUGGAAACCGUAUACAGCAAAAUGUUGGGUAAAACAGUGGCGGCAACAGCGUCGGCAAUUGGUGACAACCUGGACGCCACUAGCUACGGCCUUCAAUUCACCUCCCUUUAAAAGGCUCAAUUUAACACGCAAUGAAGUGGGCCUUUUCGGAAUGGGUGAAUUACGCUCGUAUGAAGGUUUCUAUUUGAUGCGUGAAAAUGCAUCCGAUUUCGCCGAAACCCUAAUUAAGGAAGCUAUAUCAGCAGAACGCAAACGUAACAUUGUGCAAAUCUUUGACGAAUUGUCCGAUACGUUGUGCAAAGUGGCCGAUUUAUCGGAAUUUAUACGCAUUGCUCAUCCAAACGCAAAGUACAUGCAAGCCGCUGAAGAUGCCUGCAUUAAUAUUAGCAGUACAGUGGAGCAUUUAAAUACUCAUAAGGAAUUAUAUUCAGCUUUGAGUCGUGUUGUGCAAGCAGGAGAUGUUGUACCUACCACCGAAAUAGAUCAUCACGUUGCAAAAUUGUUUCUAUUCGAUUUUGAACAAUCUGGAAUUCAUCUGAAGGAAGAAGAACGCCAAAAGGUGGUACGCUUGAACGAUUACAUAUUACAGUUGGGUCAAAAGUUCAUGCAUGGUGCAUCUCAACCUACUGCAUUUCCUAGAGGUAAAGUCCCCGAGUCGAUCAGAAACUAUUUCCCCAGUGAAGGCGACACCAUUCUUGUUUCUGGCUUAUAUACGAGUUCUACGAAUCCUCAAGCACGUGAGGCUGCCUACCGUGUUUUCUUGUAUCCUUCAGUAAAACAAGAAGAAUUGUUGUCCGAUAUGAUAAAGUGUCGCCAUGUCCUAGCCCGUACUUGCGGUUUUGAAACAUAUGCCCAUCGGGCCUUAAAAGCCAGUACCGUAGAAAAGCCGGAAAUGGUUGAAGAAUUCAUCGACGUCUUGACGACGGAAUUAAAACCUAGGGCAGACAAGGAUUUUCGUACUAUGGAAAACAUGAAGCGACGAGAAUGUGGUAACUCGGACGUAACUGUAGCUGUUUGGGAUACGCCUUAUUUCACAUCUUUGAUGAAACGCAUCGCGUUAAACGCCAGCGCUGACGAAUUUUUACCUUAUUUUAGCUUAGGCGGCUGUAUGGAAGGAUUAAAUAAUUUGUUACGUUCACUUUACGGGAUUUCAUUGCAGAACACUCUCAUGGAGCCAGGUGAAGCAUGGCAUAGUGAUAUAUAUAAAUUGUCAGUGGUUCAUGAGAAAGAAGGUUUACUCGGUUAUAUUUAUUGUGACUUCUUCGAACGUGAAAAUAAACCUAACCAGGAUUGUCACUUCACCAUUCGAGGUGGUAAAUUAAUGCCUGACGGUAGCUAUCAAUUGCCGAUUGUGGUAGUAAUGUUAAACUUAUCACAACCACGAUGGACAGGUCCUACCCUGCUUACUCCGUCCCGCGUGGAUAAUCUUUUCCAUGAAAUGGGCCAUGCUAUGCACUCAAUGUUAGCGCGUACUGAAUAUCAACAUGUAACCGGUACACGUUGCAGUACCGACUUUGCCGAAGUACCCUCUGUACUAAUGGAAUAUUUUGCUAGUGAUCCCCGCGUGCUGCGCACUUUUGCUCGCCACUUUCAGACGCAUAAACCGAUGUCAGAAAACAUGUUGCAACGUCUAUGUAAUUCGAAGAAUUUGUUUUCAGCCAGCGAAACGCAAUUGCAAGUAUUUUACUCAGCUCUGGAUCAAGCAUAUCACGGAGACCCAAAAAAUCAAGGUUCCAACACUACAGAAACUUUGCGUAAAGUACAAGAAAAACAUUACGGUUUACCGUAUGUAGAAGAAACCGCUUGGCAAUUGCGUUUCUCUCAUUUAGUGGGCUACGGAGCCAAAUAUUAUUCGUAUUUGAUAUCAAAAAGCAUAGCUUCUCAAAUUUGGCAGACAUAUUUUGAGAAAAAUCCCUUUAAUCGUGAAGCUGGUGAGAAAUAUAGGCGUGAAGUUUUAGCUCACGGAGGCGGCGUACCUUCACGAAAUUUAGUUGCCAACUUCCUAAACUGUCAGCUCACUGCCGAAAGUCUCGCUAAAGGUUUAAUUCACGAAAUUGAUGUUAAUGACAAAAAAAUUGAAGAUCUUAUAAAAGUGUAAAGCAAUUAUUACGUGCAAGGAAAGACAUUUUUUUAAAAGCCAUAUAGUGAUCUAUUUGUAAACAUUUAAUUAAAAGUACUUUAACCUGCAGACUUAUGCU